CAUCCAUCCUUGCCACCACUUGACCAUCAUCAUGUCCGGCUACGCAGAUGAGCUCCUCGAUGACUUGGCAUCAGAUGAAGAGCAGCAGCAGCCGGCACAGUCGCAGGUCAAUGGAAGCUCAGCACCUCCAGUCAACGCUGGAACCAAGCGCUCCUACCACGAUGAUCUCGACGACUUGAGCGACGGUGACGACGGAGAAGAGAAUCAAGAACAGCAGGUCGACACCCUCACUGCCAAGCAGCCUUCCAAUGGCGUACGACCUGCCGAGGAGCUCGACAGCGCCGACGUCCAAUCGAUGGACCUCGCCAGCAUCUCGUCGGUGUCUGCCAUCUCCUCGCUCCUUAGCUCCUCCAAGCUUCAAACCACCAUGGCCAAGAUCACCGAAUUCGAAAGCAAAGCAGCGUCUUCGUCCUCAUCCGGUGACGAGCAGACGGCUCAGCGCAUGCAAAUAGAGGGAGUCCUCGAGCACAGUGAAGAGUAUCAGCUCAUCGUCCGCGCCAACAACCUCGCAGUCGAAGUCGACAACGAGAUUCUCCUCGUCCACAAGUUCAUUCGCGAUCACUACAGCCCACGCUUUCCCGAGCUGGCAGACUUGAUUCCCAAUGCAUGGCAGUACGUCCAGGCAGUUGAAGCGCUGGGAAAUGAGGACACUCUGACUUCGGGCAAGCAUAGCGAUCUCGAGUCACUUCUACCUCAUGGCACCGUCGUUGUCAUCUCAAUGACGGCAUCGCACACGACGGGCAAAAGGCUGCCCGACGCAGAAUGGCAGCGCGUCAUUGAAGGCUGCCGCGUCGUCAAGUCACUCGACGAGCACCGAACCCACAUCCUCUCUUACGUCGAGUCGCGUAUCAGCUUCAUUGCGCCCAACCUCUCUUCCCUCGUCGGCUCGCGGGUAGCAACUAAGCUCCUCGCCGUAGCUGGCGGGUUGACAGCGCUGAGCAAAAUCCCUGCCUGUAACAUUCAAGUGCUUGGAGCAGCGCGAAAGAACCAACUGGGCGGGUCAGGCGUCCACGCCGCUACGGAGCGCCACGUAGGUUUCGUAGGGCAAGCCGACCUGGUGGCACAAUGUCCACCCGACGUAGCGAGGCAGGCCAUCCGCCUCGUAUCAGCCAAGGUCGCCCUCGUAGCAAGGAUGGACGCCAAUCACUCAUCCCCUCUGGGUACAUAUGGCUCCCAACUGAAACGCGAUUUAGAAGCCAAAGUAGAAAAACUCCUCGAACCCCCUCCGACGAAGCUCACCAAAGCUCUCCCCGUCCCCAAGGAAGGAGGCGACAAGAAACGUCGAGGUGGCAGACGCGCACGCAAGAUGAAGGAGCUGUAUGGCGCGUCGGAGCUGCGCAAGGCUGCUAAUCGCGUCGAAUUCGGCGUGGCAGAGGAAGAGGCGGGUGCGUUUGAUGAGACCGUUGGGCUUGGUAUGGCUGGGGGAAAUACGGGCAAGAUCAGGGCGACGGCCGGGGAGGCUAAGACUAAGGCCAAGAUGAGUCGCAAGAAUCAGCUGAGGCUACAGGCGCUGAGUGGGGGUCAGGGGAGAAGUGGUGCUGCGAGUCUUGAUGCCAUGUCUGGGGGCAGUGGACAGGCGAGUGGGCUGGCUUCCUCCUCUUCGGCGUAUGGUGGUGCUGGGGCUGGCGGGGGUACACAGACUAGCAUCGCCUUUACGCCUGUGCAGGGGAUUGAGCUGGCUGAUCCCUCGGCCAGACAGCGUAAGGCGGACGAGGCCAACGCGAGAUGGUUCGCGUCAGGGACGUUUAGUACCGCGCCUGGCGUGGCAUCAACGACUGGGAAGGGGUCAAUGGGCCCGCCAGCGCCGAAAAAGUAGAGUAGCGCCGGGAGAUGCUUAGACAAAUCAAAUACCACAUCAUCAGACUCG